AUGGCCCUGCGCAGCGUGUACACGGGCCGUGCCAACAUGGGCACUCUGGCAAUAACCACCCACCCGAGCAGCGCAAUUGCUGGCCAGCUGUUUUCGGUAUAUGCCUCAGGACACAGCCUGAUUGUCCAUGGAGACAAGGCAGAGCAUGUCGUUGAAGUCAGGCACGCGACCAUCAGAAGCCCGAUAUCGUGCGUAUUUGCAUCGCGGCAUGGCCAGCUCGCGGCGGUUUCAGGCGCAAACGUGGCGGUGUUUCAGCCCAGUGAGAGAACACCAGCACAGUGGGCAUAUGCGUCGCACUUCACAACAGCCGAUGAAACCCAGACACCAACUGCUGGAGCAUGGCUUGGCGAGGACCAGAUUCUGCUUGGAUCUGGCGACCAGCUGGUGCUGUGGCAGAACCACCCAGAGAAGGGCUGGAGCACGACAUGGCGGAAGCGUACAGCAAGCCGAGUUUCGUCAAUAGCUGUGUCACCUGACGCCUCGAUGUUCGCCACAACGGCUGCUGGCGGACGACUAGUCAAGGUGUGGCAUGCACAGUCCCUGGGUGGCGACUACAUGCGGUUCCAGUACAUUGCUCAUUCGUCAGCCGUGCGGGAUAUCUUCUGGAGGCAGGCUCGUUCGUCACAGGAGAACCCAGUUCUCUACACAGUUACACGUGAUGGUCGCUUCAAUGUCUGGACAUGCUCUGGCAGUGGCACUCGCUUUGCGCUGAUAGCCACGGCUGAUCUGGCAAGGGAACGAACUGCAGACCUGAUUGCCGGGAACAGAAAACCCCGACGACUAGUUGUGGCACGUGUUCUCGAGUUCCCCAGAAGCGACUCGGUGGAGCCGCAGCCAAGCCCACAGCUGGUGCCAGGCGACUGUGAAUCGGCCACCAAGCCUGACUCUUUCAGCAAUCCGGAGGUAUUGCAGGAUCGGGAGGCCGACAGCCCCACAUCACAUGCUGAGACUGAUAAGCAGGCUGUGUCAGAAGUACCACCAGCAGCAGAGCCCGAGCCAGAAUCCGUGCAUGUGCUCACACCAUCGCUGAAGCCAAAGAUCAGGCCUACCCGCAGUAGGUCUCGGACUGCACUCAGGCUUGCCCAGCCGCCUUCCCCGCGGCCCACCCCAAUGAGUUUGCCGCUAUCCCCUGAGCUUGACUAUGUGUACGCGGCGUUCAGUGAUGGGUCUUUUGAGAUGUGGGAGAUCCAGCACUCUGCGGGCACCUUUGCCAUCCCAGAAGUGCAGGCUGUCUUGCGUACACCACCGAUCAACACAUCGUUCCCAGCGAUUCCUAAAAUGGCACACCCCCCUUCGCAGAUGCUCCAAUCGCUGCUCUGGCGAAGCACUGACGACGGCCUCUGCCUUGCAGUCGCCGAUACCGUGGGGCAUGUCUAUAUAUUCAAUGUUCCCAAAGAAGGCGAUUCGAGUGAUGGCUCAGGCGUCAGCCCACUCCGCCUGGUGCAUCUCUGGGACGGCCACAAGGAGCCGGUGUUUCAUAUCAGCGUGGAUCCAUACAGCCAGCGCGUGGCCACCCAUUCGGUUGAGGGCGAGCUGCUGAUCUGGGACAACAUUGUCACGCCGGAGCGGUCGCUGCCGAUCUCGCGUCGCAUGGAACUGGAAGGCGGCCGGAUCCGGACCAUUGCAUGGGCGCCCAACGAGUCCGAAUUCAUUGGAGCCACCGACAAGAGCGUGUACCGACUGGUGUAUGGCACUGACUCUGAGCAGUGGUCGCCUUGCGACACCAGAUUCCCGCAGAUGGACACGUUCGACCAUAUCUUUACUUACCCAUCAAGCUCAUCUGAGCCCUCUGCCAGCCCGGGCGGCGGCGAGCUAGCAUACUUCAUCUCGACCAUCAACAAGUCGGACAAGGCAGUGCAGACAUGGCGUGUUGCCGGGCCCAAAGAGCCAAUUGCCUUUGUUGAUCGCUCAGUACUGAAACAGGCAGCCAGGUUUGACCGUGCGUCACGUGUGAUGCCUGUUGCACAUCCGUUCUUCUCUCGCGACAACAUCAUGGUCACAUUCGAUACCGACAGCGGCCAUAUGCGCAUCUGGGGCAUCCGCACCUCGCCCAAAUUCCGCUGGUUUUGCUCAAAGAAGCACCGCCUGCCCAAGAUGGAGGCAGCCAUGAUCCGCUACAACUCUAUCGACAAAGCCGCCAUUGUCUCGGUCAACGAAGACGGCUCGCAGGUCAUCACGAUCUGGGUGUUCUCGUCUGCAUCUCGUGCCUCUCACUAUCUGCCCGCCGGCACAAUCCAUCCACGCAGCAAAGACGACAAGGUGUGCGAGAUCCGCUGGUACCUGACCGAGUACGCGCAGUCCUACCUGGGCAUCCAAUGGGCCGACCGCAUCGACAUUUACUGCCAGGAGCGCAAUCUCGACGACGCCUGGCUGUGCAUAUCAACGAUCCGUGCAUCGGAGUUUGGAUCAGACACAACCAUUGGGUCUUUCUCGUUCACGGCUGCUGGCGAGCCCACAUUCUCGAUUGGCCGUAAGCUGAUAGUGUAUUCGGAAAAGCUGCCGGAUGGCAAGCGCAUCAGCGAAGUUGCCUAUGAGGAGCAUGGCGAGCUGCCGUACAUCCACCCAUCGGUACUAACGGAGCUGAUGUCGUGGGGCCAGAUGUCGGCAGUGAAGAGCCUCCUGGCUCAGCUCUACGACUACAUACGUGAGCGUGAUAUCGACCCAAAGAGCAAGGCGCAGCUGCCAUCUAUUUCUCUCCAAGAUCUCAUUGCCCCUGAUGAUACGCAGCCAUCCAGCCAGUCCAACGGUACUGCACCCAAGGCGAGCAGUGUGCGGGCACGGUACUCGAUGCUGUUCAACUCUGGACUCGACGACAAAAUCGAUGCAGGCAGAUCUGCUGCAUCCGACUUUGCUGGCUUCAACCGGGAAAAGGCCGACUAUAUCGUGGAGAAGCUGGCUGAAAUGAAGCUCCCUGGGAUCUCUCCGCUGGACCAGGCCCGACUCAUGUCGAUUGUCAGCACGCUGGCGGUCAGUUCUGCCAAGGAUCAGCCCCUCGAUGGCAUGGGUACACGGUACCUGAUCAAGCUGCAGCUUCUGGAGCUGGAGAACAAGCGGCUGCGUACUCGCCAGCCCAGCGAUUUGGCGUACCGCGAGCUCAACUGGGCAAUGCACAGCAACUCGCAGGCCAUCCUGUUGCAGAUCUGCCUGCAGCAGCACGCGCCAGCGUCAGGGAUGACAUGGGAGGACGCCCGGCGUAUGGGCAUCUUUCUCUGGCUCAACGACAUCAGCAGCGUGCGGGAAGAGGUCGAGAAGAUGGCGCGCAGCAUCUUUAUUGCAACGGGCCGCGAUCCGACGCAGUGCGCAAUCUUCUUCUUGGCGCUAAAGAAGCCACGGCUCUUGCUCGGUCUGUGGAGAACUGCACACACUCACCCGGAGCAGAGCAAGAUGCUAAGCUUUCUGUCUAACGACUUUACAGUGCAAAAGUGGAAGACAGCGGCUGCCAAGAACGCAUACGUGCUGCUCAGUCGCCAGCGGUACCUUGACGCUGCCACCUUCUUUUUGCUGUCGAGCAAACUAGCCGAUGCGGCCACAGUGUGCGUUGUGCAGCUGAAGGACAUCCAGCUCGCAGUCACCAUCUGCCGCUGCUACGAGGGCGACAAUGGACCGGUGCUGAGGAGUAUUUUGUGGAAUCAUGUCUUGCCAGCAGCCCUGAGCUGCUCGGACCGCUGGCUGGCCAGUCUGGUAUUCGGCCACAUGCACAAGUACGAUCUAGUUCUGCGUGCUCUCACUGACUCCCUGCCUAAGCUUGCCGUGGAGCUGGAAAUCGAGACCACGCCAUCAACCAACGCGUCGAUGUCGGAGCUUGACACGGAGCUGCUGAUGCUGUACCGGAGCAUGAUCAACUACUCGGUGCACUACCGCGCACCGCUGGUGACCCAGGCAGAGCUGAUUGCGCAGACCAUCACCAUCUUUGAGUGCCUGGGCCUGCCUGUCAUGUCACUGGUUGUGCUAGAGUGGUGGCGCCGUGAGUUGUUUGAGCGGACGAAGGCCAGUGCUGCUGCUCACAGCCUCACAUCGGCUGCAUCCACUGUGCAACACACGCCAGCCCUGAGCAAGAGCGCCAGCCAGGCAGCCGAUCAGCUGUCGUCAGGACAGCUGGACAUGAGCUCGUUCGGUGCGUUUGGUAUGUCUGCUGCGCCCAAGCCCAAGCCAGCGCCUGCCGUGGACCCCAUGGCGAGCGGAAUGCUCGACAUGACCUCCUUCGGGUUGCUCGGUGCUCCAAAGCCUAAACCCAGCCCUGCUCCAGCCGCUGACCCGGUAGCCAGUGGUAUGCUAGACAUGAACAGCUUUGGGUCGAUGUUUGCUGGGUUUGCGCCAGCACCUGCGUCAAACCCACCGCCUCUGGCUGAAGAUGCAGCAGCAACAGCAGCUGCGUCUUCUGCUGUCGCGAACGGAGCAACCAACGGCGCUGUUGCCGGCGACCACUUUGAAGGCGAUUCAUCGCUGGUGGUCGAGAUCGAGGACACUCCUGUGCAAUACACAUGCCGCGUAACACUGGCGCUGCAGAUGUACGAGUAUAUUGUGCGCACCAUGUCCAGCGGCAACACCACCAUCGACCUCGACAAGGAGAAGAAAACCAUCUCAGAGACGCUGCGCCUGCCGAUAUCGAUAUUCCCCGCCACCGCGUAA